AUGCUACCUGAAGCACGAGGGCUGGGAUACUGCCAUGUUGCCCAGGGGAAGUCGAUAGGUAGAGGCCGGGUUCGAACCACGGACCUUCCGGUCGCACCCUUUCGGUGCUUAACUGCCAUGCCAGCAGAAGGAAGCAGGAGGGAUGGGAUAUUGCCAGGUUACCCAAACCUAGACAGGGGUAGUCGAGUGGCAGAGGUCGGGUUCGAACAACAGACCUUCGGGUCAACGCUCGAGAUCAAUCUUCAAGAACCGAUGCCAAGUCAACAUAUGUGCUUUUUCUAUUCGCACCCUGAAGCAAUCAAAACAAGCUUCUCUUUCUAA